AUGUCAAUAUGUGCGGAAGAUUUAUUGAUUCGCGGGAGGCGCAUUGCCGAUCCAUUUAAUCGUCUCGGAUGCACUAUUGAACCUGUCGUCGCCGUGAUAGAGUUUUGCCAGAUUGUGGGACCUCGUCCUCUUCUUUCUUACCCAAAAGAUGCCUGUGAACAAGCCCAUUUGGACAUGGAUUCGAUAGCGAUUUGGUUAAUGUCUAGCGAAACUACGUCGGGCACCGUACUAAUGAUCUACAACCAACAGAUGGGAAUUUAUGCUCUUUCUUAUUACACACUUAUUUAUGAUAUAAGAGCUCGCGCAUUUCAACGUCCGAUUUGUCUCGCUUAUUUAUCUUCAACUAAACCCACAAGUGAUUUAAUGACGCGUUUUACCAAACUUUCGCGAAAAUAUCUUCUUCCCAUAAUUCUUUGCAAUCGACGCGUAUUCAUUCAUCAGCUUUCGGUGAUGAUUCAACUUUCCGGCCUAAUUGAAAACGAUACCGUCCAGCGAUAUUAUUCGUUCCAAAGUGAUGACAGGAUAAAUAUAGCACCGUCGGUUUGGCAGAAAAUAUUGACUGUUUCAGAACAGGCAAGAAAAUUGCGGGUCAAGAUGGAGAAUAUGUACAAAUCACUGGUUUCACGAACAAAUUCUAGGGCAUCUUGUUGUGGCCAUCCAGUUGAGAAAAACAACCAUAACGAAAUUAAAGAAACCUUGUGCCAGUUUGUCCACGCUGUUCCUUUACGCCCAAUCAAAAACUUGACUCCCUGUACAUAUUCGUCAUUUGUUGAAGGCUUACCUCUAUUUCACUCGCAACUUGUUGCCCUUGUCCCCCUUACCGGUGUUCUAUUUAGCUCCGGCCAGCCAAUACUUCAAUUUCCAAAGUAUGAAACACCGUUGAAAGAAAGGCGCCCUACUUCUGAUGAACAUGCUGCCAUUCAUUGCGAGCAGUCGUUAAAAAUGAUAACAGGAGCUCUAGAUCAGAUGCUUUUCCCAGUGUUGGCGGGAGAUUCUCUUCUUGUUUGUGGAAGCGAGCAACGAAAACGAGUUGUGAUGGAAUUUGCGCACAAGUUGAAUUACAUAUUGCCGAAAUCUCACUCGAAUCGAAAGCCAGUUUUAUGGAAUACCGAUCCCAGACGGGGCUGUGAAGGGAUUUUUGGAGAAUGUGUACCCAAAGGGGGAACUAGAGAAAAUAAGGGUGGAGCAACGUUUGAUCUCAACACAAAUGUUUUUAAAAAUGUCCCAUACAAUGGGAAAUUGCUCAAUCAUUUAAACAUAAAACGAAAGUUUCCAGACGAUGAAUCAUUAAUUUCUUACAUAACUGCGACAUUGACUUGGCUUUGUUCGUUUGUGUAUAUUUGUCGUUUUAUCUCCCUUCAAACCAUUGGAAAAUAUGAGCCCAUGACAGAAGAUGAUUUUCGAAUAAUUGCAAAUUUGCUAAACGAAGUCGACUUUUUGAAAUAUAACUCUAUCAAAUCUGGAUUGGAUCAGAAAAGGAAUACAGAUGCACAAGCAAAAUCAUUUAGUCUU